AUGACGGGUACAGGGAGUUUAGCCAGCCCGGAUCCCCCUGGCUGUCCCUACAGCAAAAUGGUCAGUAUUUCUGAACCCUCACAAUACAUCCAGGGUAAAAAGGCCUCAACAGUGAAGAACAAGGAGACCUGCGUGGUGUGGCCCCACCGGGCAGAGCUGCUGAGGAAGCGAGUAGAACACCUGGUGCCCGCCUUCCUAGACAGAGACCUCAGCUACGUCUCCAUGUUCCUGGGCAUGGCCAUCUCCUCCAUCCUGGGCACCUGGCUGGACCACUACCCUGAAGACUUCUUCCAGCCCCCAGAAUUUCCCUGCCUGAAGAUGCUGCUGGCAUACUUAGGGCUCAACAUGCCAGGCUCAGACUUGGAGCGACGUGCCCAGCUCCUCUUCUCACAGCUGGGCCACCUUGAGCCCAUUGAGCCAGAGGCUGAGGCUGAGGAGGACUCAGCAACCCCAGAGCAAGAUCCUGAACCACCCCUAGAGCUAGCCCCAGCGCCCUCUGCGGGGCCUGCUGCAGCUUCACAGCCUGAGCCGGUGAAAGCCAUCACUGCGGCUGGAGCUCAGCAAUUAGAAAGAGCAGUGAUGCCACCUGCCAUGUCGGGACCAGCGCAGGUGACAGUCACAGCUCUGAUCCAGGGACAGGAGCUGGAAGAGCCCCCUGUACCUUUGGCAGCCCCGGAGACUGACAGGCUCCAGCAGCAGCUAUGGGGGUCCCAGAAGGGCUUGAGCAACCCCCUGCCUCAGUGCAGCAACCAGCCUCGGUCCCUGAGCAACAGCUCCUAUCGGCUGCAGCCCUGAAGGACGGCUUCCCCUCCCCUGUCAUUCCAGUGUUUGUAAUUUUGUGUUGUUCAUGCACCUA